GUUAAAUCAUACUACAACAACAACAUUGGAAAAUGCCGAUAGACUGAAUUUAACUUUUCUACAUUGUAAAUUCAACACUGGAAUGGUGACAUUGUGAUACAAAAUUGAAACAGCUGAAUAAUGUCAGCUACAGAGAAUAGAGCAGGUUGCCAUGGGGAUCAUGAUGUAACCGGAGAAAUACAAGAAGAUAAUGUAACUUCUAAGGAGGCAGUGGAUAAUUAUGGUGCAUGUGGAGAUCAUUAUGAUGAAAUGUCUUCAACAACAUUGUUUGAUGUGCCAUGGGAUGAUGUUUUAUUUCAAUACAUUCUACCAUUAUUGCCAGUACAAACUUUGUUCCAAUUACGACGCGUUUGUACCACUUCAUUGCUCAUGAUCAAAGAAUACUUCAGCCAGAGUAAAGAAAUAAAUAUUGCCAGAAUAGCUGGUAAAGUGACUGCAAAGGCUUUCCAUAUAUUGACAGACGAAAAUACAAAUUUACUGCGUCUGAAUUUACGUAAUUCAAAGGGAUGGCUAUCAGACGAGUUAUUGAUACCAGUUUUAAAAUGCAAUCCUAAACUACAAUUGUUAGACUUGACUAAUUGUACUAGUGUUUCGAACGCAGUACUCCAGUGUGCCGCAGUGCAUUGUCCGGGUUUGAAGAAGUUAAUGUUACGGGAUUGUGUCUGGUUAAGUCCAGAAGGCGUGACUGUGAUAGGUUUAUACUGUAAAGAUUUGGAAACAAUUGACUUUAAUGGAUGUUGGAAUGUCAAUGACGAGUCUUUGUCUGUGCUAGUUUCAAGUUGUCCAAGAUUGAAAUCCAUUCAGCUUGCGAAGAUAUAUGGACUAACAGACAACUCAAUGACAGUACUAGCUAAAUGUAGCAGUCAGUUAUAUCAUUUAAACAUUCAAGGAUGCUGGAGAAUCACAGAUGACAGUAUCAGGUUUCUAGCAGAAUAUGGUAAAAACCUGAAGAUGUUACAGAUACGUGAAUGUCAUCAAGUAACGGAAAUGACAUUAGGGAAACUUCGUGAAAAUGGUGUAAAAAUGGAUAAAUUGUCUCCACCAAGCACAAGACCGCGAAUAAAUCAACUGUUGUGGAGUAUGCGGCAUAAAUUAAAUGUCCAGAUGUGAAUAUUAUUUCAGAUAUAACAUAAACAUGUAAUAUGAGUAAAUGAUUGGCUGGGAGUGAUAGCAUUACAAAAGAAAUACUCCUAAAUCUACAGCAAGUUGAAAAUGGGUGUAGAAGCUACAAUCGGAACAUCUUAGGCUGGCCCUCAACAGCAUAUCAUUAUCAUUUUGAAUAAAUAUUAUGGGAGUCAGAAUGUAUACAUGUAAAUGGAACAUUAUCAUACAUGUAUUUAAAGUGCUUUAGAACAAUAUGUUUCUAAAGUGUUUGAUUGAAGAGGCCAAUAUUUUUUACCGUAUUUGCUUGUCUUCUGAAUUUCAUUUGAUAUUUGAAAAUGUGAUGACAGAAAAAUUUACCAAAGAGGCUGUCAAAAAUAUUCAGCUAUGUGAAUGUACAUAAUCAGUCUUUCAGUAUACAAACAUCGAAAAAAGUUGCAGUGUGUUAGCUCAAUGGUACCGUGGCAUAGAGAUGAUAUGUGUAAGUUUUUAUUUAUCGUGUGCACAUGAUGUGCUAUAAUACUAUCUUUUGUGCACAACAUAGUUUCUUGUGUGCACUACAUAGUAUCUUAGUAACUUGUGCCCACAAUUUAAUUAUCUUGUGCACACGACAUAGUAUCUCAUGCACAGGACAAAUAAUAUAACAUGAUAUAUGAUACAUAAAAACACGCACAUGUCAUCUCAGUGCCACUUUAUAAUAGAGUUAUCUUCUAUGGAAAAUAUUAAUCAUAUGUACAUGUUUGUAAGAGAAAAAUUGUAAAGAGCCAUAUCUUGGAACUUGUUAUUUAGGUUUUGUAAAUCAAGUUUACAUAAGUAUACAUGUAUAUGCACACAUCCUGUAAAAUGAUAUCAAAAUCAACAAGAGCAUUUUUAAAGUAAUUCAUUCUUCUAUUUUGUAAUAAAGAUUUUGCAAAGGAAAAUUUCUGUUCAGAGCCAUAAUUACAUAUAUACAUGUAUCUCAAAACUGGUCUGUUAGAAUUAAAGGGAACUUUGAAUUGAAUUUAAUGUAUAACUAUAUUGGUAAGUAUACAGAACCUAUGGAAAUCCCCUAAAGCAUAAUUGUUUACAGAAAUUGUCCUGUGUUACAGAAUCUAAACCAAUACCAUACACAGAAUGAUGGUCCUCACACAAGUAACAUAGAUCACAUCAAGCUUGGAUAGUAAAUCACUAGAGUAUGUUUUUAUCUGCCCAAUAUUAUUUAUACAUGUAGUGAUCUCUGUACUUUUUUAUGUCAGAAUCCAUUUAAUGUUUUCUCCAAAAAUGUAAAUGUUUCUUUCUUUGUUGUGUCUGUAAGUGUAAAAUAUUUGUUACAGAGUAUUAUUUUGUUAAAUGUCUGUAUAGAAGGCAUUAACAAAAAUUAAGAUUUUAUUUUCUCAGAGGAAUGAUAAAAUAAUGUAUGUCUAAUAAUGUUUAGUUUAAUUUUCUUGCAUAGGCCUCUAAGAAUUGUUUUAUUUAAAAUGAUCAGAAUUCAAUUUUGUUACACAAAUCUGGUAACUUAGGCAACAAAAAUGUUUUUUACAAGAUUUCAAAACACAUAAGUUAAUUGUUAGAAGGAUUUAAUGUGGAAGGAAAGACAAUAAUUCUGUUUAUCCUUGGAAACUGAUCUGUAUUUACAAAAUAUUAAAGCUGCAUGCCUCCAAAUGAGUCAAAUAUUUCAAGAAAAUCAAACUUGAGAAAAAUGUACUAAGACUUUAAGAAAAGUAAAAAGAUUCGAGUGACAUUACCCGUCAAAUUGUCAUGUGUGAUAAAGGACUGAUUUUGCAGUAAUUUAUCACCAUUUUUCUACUGCUUGACUAAAGCAGUCAGGGCUAUUUUUGCAUAUUUUGACCUCGUAGAAAGUAAUGUUGAUUAUAAGUGCCAUUUGCAGUACAUUUUUUGUUCACUUCACAAUAUUUUAUAAAUAAAUUUUCAAAAUUUUCAUGAAAAUUAGAAUUAAUCUGGAGGCAUGCGACUUUAAGUUUAUUAGUCAUAGGCAUUUGAUUCAAGAUUUCUUCAGGACAGCCAUGGACAAUGGGUUAUAUUGCAAUACAAUGGCUUUAUAAUACAAAGGUUUGCAGUAUGAUAUCUUAACUUUGUGAGACAGCAGAAUUAUAUGAUUAUAAACAAAUGUUUUGUUACAAUAUUGUUAAAUAUAUCUUGUUAUAAAGUGAUGUUUUCUAUUGUAA